GGGUUCAUUUAAGGAUUGGGUAAAAGUACAGCAGUAACAUGUAGUUUUCAGAAAGCUUUAUAUAGCAGGCUGAUAGUUGGAGUCUGUAUGCUUUUGGAGUUUCUCUUGGAACACGAGAACAAAACAGACUCACAUGUGUGCAGCUGGGCAGGUCAGUUUUCUGCUGAGGGCAGCACUGCUCUCCGUCCUGCUGUGCAACCCCCAGAUGGUGUCGUCAGACUCGGACGAGGUGGUCCUGACUGAGUGGGGAAUCUGGAAAAAAAGCCAUGGCAUAAACUACGAUGAAUUAGACAACAUGCAGCGGAGGGCCAUCUGGGAGGACAACAAGCAGAAGAUUGAAGACCACAACCAAGGCUUUUUCAUGGGGAGGAGGUCCUUCAGUAUGGCCAUGAAUAAAUAUGGAGAUCUUACAAGGCAGGAGUACCAAAAUCUGCAGGGAGCAAUCAUCAAUGCCCAGUUUGUGACAAGAGGAAGGGAGGUUUCGGCUCGAAGAUUGCGCUACAACGCCAAGAAACUAGAUACUUGGUUUGUUGACUACAGGAACAUGGGUUAUGUCUCUGAGGUUAAAGAUCAGGGUUACUGUGGUUCAUGCUGGGCUUUCAGCACCACAGGGGCAAUAGAAGGACAACUCUACAAGAAAACAGGUCAGCUUGUGUCUUUGAGCGAGCAGAACCUGGUGGACUGCUCCAAAUCAUAUGGCACCUAUGGGUGCAGCGGCGCCUGGAUGGCCAACGCCUACGACUAUGUUAUCAGCAAUGGUCUGCAGGCGACAGACACCUACCCAUACACCUCCGUGGACACGCAGCCUUGUUUCUACAACAGCAAGCUUGCAGUGGCUCAUAUAAGAGACUACAGGUUCAUUCCCAAAGGAGACGAGCAGGCACUGGCUGAUGCUGUGGCAACCAUCGGGCCAAUUACUGUAGCUGUUGAUGCUGAUAAUGCAAGCUUCCUCUUCUACAGCUCAGGAAUUUACGACGAACCCAACUGUAACCCUGACCACCUGAGCCAUGCAGUGCUGCUGGUUGGCUACGGCUCUGAGGAUGGUCAAGACUACUGGAUAAUCAAAAACAGUUGGGGGAGCAGCUGGGGUGAAGGUGGAUACAUGCGGAUGGUCCGGAAUGGCAGGAACACUUGUGGGAUUGCAAGCUAUGCUCUGUACCCAAUUUUAUGAUUCUAAGAACUCUAGAAAACAUUAUUCCGAACGCAAACAAUAUCUUUAAUUUUUGUAUUCUUACUAGACAUAGUUUGUUAACCUGUCUGACAUAAAGCUUUUACAGGGAACACUUUGCUUCUCUCAGGGACGCAGAAGAAACAUUUCUUCAGGGGGUGGAUUUUCAACUAUUCAAAUUUAUCUGUUUGUAAAACUUAAAUUUGAAAUUAAAUUGCUGAUAUUUAACCUUGCUCAAAGAAGCAAACUUUCAUUAAAGUACUUUUAUACACAUGGGAAAAAUAGCCCCUAACAUUUUCUUGUAUGGGAAAAUGUCCAACCAUCAUUAAUUAUUGGGUCAGAUGAAUGCGGCUACAGCCUUGGUGGACAAACUGAUUUUAGACACAUUCUCUGGUCCAAUGCCGUGAGCUAUGAAUCCAGGAAAUGUUUGUUUUUCUCUGUAGUUUCUCUACAUCUACUCCACAAACUCACCCCUCCCUACAGAAUGACACUGAAGCAUCUCUGAAUAAGCAUCAAACUUGCAGGGAAUAAAUAUUAAAAAAUAGUUGCUAUUUUAACUUUCAGCAGACACUUAACAUUUGGAAAAUGUAUUGAACAAACCAAUAACUAACCAAAAUAACUAAUCAAAGUGCUAUGGGGCACAAUCGAGCCCUUCCCGCCCAAAAAAUGUUGAGACAGAAAUGGUGACAGCUACUUCCAUUUAAGCAACUUUCAUGUUGCUCAGAUGUUGUGAUUAGAGAGUGAAAGCUGUAAAGCUGUCCAGAUUAAAACUUAAAGUUUUGUCUAAAUGUGGUUGAAAAUACGAUGGGGUUGCUCAAACGAACUAACCAAACCUGACUUUUAAAAGCUUUAUGUUUCGGCAGCACAUAUUGGCUGUACAUUUGCUAACAUAUUUCUCUGGGCUAAAGAAGUCUAAUAACUAGUCAACUCAAAAUAAAACGUUGUCUUCUGGCCUUUGUGUAGUGAACAGUAAAGAAAUUGCUUAAAUUUAUUUUUAUUUUCUUGUUCUUUCUUUUCUGUUCUUGCAUCUGUUUCUGUCAUUUAAACUAAUUUUCUAUUAAACUGUAUUUUCAGUAAGGAGACAUCCUGACACUGAAUAUAUGCUGAUAUUAUCUCAUUCAGUUUUUACUCUGUUAACAAUAAAGUUGCUUAUGAAAUCA